GCGGCUCCGUGGAGGAGGGGAUGGAGCAACCCGGGCUGCGCUUGGCGGGGCUCUGCGCGGCGGCUACCCUCCCCCGAAGCGGCCGGGAGGGCUGCCGGCGGGUGGCUUGAGGCGGCCGAGUCGCUCCUGGGUGCCCCCGCCCCACGCGGGGAAUGAGAGGCGGCGCCGCGGGGCUGCCGGAACCCGCCGGGACCCACCAUGCGGGAGCUGGCGAUCGAGAUCGGCAUACGGGUCGUGCUCUUCGGGGUCUUCGUUUUCACGGAGUUUCUGGAUCCAUUCCAGCGGGUUAUCCAGCCGGAAGAGAUCUGGCUGUAUAAAAAUCCUUUGGUGCAAUCUGACAACAUCCCUACACGUCUGAUGUUUGCGAUUUCCUUCCUUACGCCACUUGCAGUCAUUUUUGUGGUGAAAAUAAUCCGGCGGACAGACAAGACUGAAAUUAAAGAGGCUUUCCUAGCUGUUUCCUUGGCUCUAGCUCUGAAUGGUGUCUGCACAAAUACCAUUAAAUUAAUAGUGGGAAGACCGCGUCCCGAUUUCUUUUACCGCUGCUUUCCAGAUGGAGUCAUGAACUCUGAAAUGCACUGCACAGGUGACCCAGAUCUGGUGUCUGAAGGCAGAAAGAGCUUUCCGAGUAUCCACUCUUCCUUUGCAUUUUCAGGCCUUGGCUUUACCACCUUCUACUUAGCUGGAAAGUUGCACUGCUUCACAGAGAACGGCCGGGGGAAGAGCUGGAGGCUCUGUGCAGCAAUUCUCCCACUCUACUGUGCCAUGAUGAUUGCCCUCUCACGGAUGUGUGAUUACAAACACCACUGGCAAGAUGCUUUCGUCGGAGGAGUCAUCGGCCUCAUUUUUGCUUAUAUUUGCUACAGACAGCACUACCCUCCCUUGGCUAACACAGCUUGCCACAAAUCUUACGUCAGCCUGCUAGAUCAGAACUCUGUGAAGAAAGAAGAGAGACCUACAGCAGACAAUGCAACUGGCCUGCCUCUGGAGGGGAUAACUGAAGGUCCUGUAUGACUUUAAGAAAUGGGCUGAACGAACUUAUAGCUUUCUCACAUUUCCUUCAAACUGGUCUCCUAACACAGUCUUUCUUACUGUAUGUUUUGGGGUUUUUUUCCCCUUUUGUUUCCUUUUUACAAAGAGGAAUUAAAUCUCUUUCUUUUUAAUGCCAUCACACUGUCAUACUUUUAAGUUUUCAGUUGGGGUUGAUGUGCUGAAGGAUCUCUUCUCAGCCUACUGCAAAGUGACAGACUACCUGAGGGAAGGGUGGGGGAGAGCAUCAAUAAAAACAGCUCCAUGUGGUUAGGAGAGUAGCUUUCAGAAGGUGUGAUUGAGGAGAAGGUAGAUCUGGAAACAGAUUUCCUGAGGCACUAAGUGUCUGCUGGAAAGUUCUGGUUGUUCCAGCACUCAUUGAUUUUGAUGGGUGGUGAGUACACACAGCACCUUUCAUCAGAUAGUCAGCAUCUGUUGCAGGCCAGCCAUUCCUUUGUAUGAUUUGCUGAGUCAGGGCAUCAUCCUUAGGUUUCUAUUGGUGCCAUCUAACCUUUAAAGAAAUCUCCACAUGCUGGUAGAACUUAGUAUUGAUUGUCAAGUUGUGAGGAGGUCAUUCUGAGCUACUAAUGACCAGGCAGCCGAAAGGUGUGAGCGGCUGAAGCGUUUCCAAGAGCCUUGGCAUUAGUAGUUCCCCAGCAUGGUUCUGGCAUUCAGGAAAUUCCACACUGUUAACAUUCUCAGCUUCCAAUAACAUACAGGAUGGUCUAGAAACUUGCUGUUACAUCAUUAGCAGUU